CAAAAUCUACUAUUCCCAGUUCUGCCGCGGCAGGUCUUUCCAGCUAAAUGCUAUCCGCCGCCGCCGCCCCCGCACAACCAACCUACAUACUCCGCGGCCACGCCACGCAGAUCCACUCCGUGCACUUCUACUCCUCCAACACCCGCCUCGCCACGGCCGACGCCUCGGGCUGGGUAAUCCUCUGGUCCCUGUCCACGCGCCGCGCAACCGCGGUCUGGAAAGCCCAUGAAGGAUCCGUGCUGAAAGUCGAUGACUGGGAUGGGAAGAUAAUCACGCAUGGGAGGGAUAAUAAACUUUUUGCGUGGAGGGUUGAGGAGGUGGGGAUGGAUGUGUUGUUGCCGGUCGACGACGAGGUGGGCUGGAGGCGGAGGCCGUGGCUGGUGGCUUCGCUGGAUGUGAAUGCGCUGAAUUUUUGCGGGUUUGGGGGGUGGGCUGGUGCCGCCGCUGCUCCUGCUGCUGCGGGAGAGGGGGAGUAUUUGGCUGCGGUGCCGGCGCCGCUGAGGGCUGAGGAUGUUGAUAUUAUGAGGCUUCCGGAUGGUGCAAGGGUUUAUGCGGGUGUUCGGCAUGAGGGAGUGAAGACUGGUAUGGCAAUGGCACUAUCAAUGUUCUACUCUGGAGAACAUCUAGUGUUGAUCGCGGGGUACGAGAGCGGACAUGCAGUAGUGUACAAGUGGGAUACAAAAGACACCUGGAAAGUAGUAUAUACUCAUAAACCGCAUUCACAACCAAUCCUAUCCCUCUCUAUAUCACCAACACCAGGUACAAAUCCGUACUUCAUAACCUCCUCCGCCGACGCCACGAUCGCAAAACACCCUCUGCCCAUCCUCACUACCACCCCUACCCCCAACACUCCCGAUACUCCCCCGCCAAACGAGCCCAUUAAAGUCAUAGACACAAAGCACUACGGCCAGCAAUCAAUCACCAUACGCUCCGAUGGAAGGAUCUUUGCAACUGCCGGGUGGGACUCUAGGAUUAGGGUUUAUUCGGUCAAGACUAUGAAGGAGUUGGCGGUGUUGAAGUGGCAUAAGGAGGGAUGCUACGCUGUUGCUUUUGGGGAGAUUCUAGAUGGUGGGGGCGGUGGUGGUGGGGGGGAGCGGCAAGGGAGUGAUGGUGACGGGAGGGAAGUGCUUAGUGUUGAGAAGAGACGGGAGAAAAAGAUUAAGGAGACGCAUUGGGUUGCGGGCGGAGCGAAGGAUGGGAAGGUUUCGUUGUGGGAGAUUUAUUGAGGAGGGGGGGUCUUGUAAGGUGUGGUGAUAUAUGGUUUACCGGAGCGGUAAAUUAAUGGCUUCCAUGGUGGUAGGUACCGUAGAAACUCGAACAAUUGGUACUCGCACUCGCAUGGGGGCAUUAAAGUUGCCUUUACUGGUAAGGUCCGGCGCUUGUUUGUUUCUUUGUCUUAAGCUGGGACUGAGAGGGUCAGUUUUCGCAGUGUUUUCACCCCCCCUCUAAUCAUGAGAGGGAACUUUGGACGUCUUAGCGGUAGAUAGUCGUAUGAUACCAGUAUUUGAAGCCCAUUGAGCCCGCGCAUGACGUUGGAUGGUAUCAUACUUGCCUUGUAUUUACGAGUAUAAUGACUGGCUAUUGCGUGAGAAAGCCAUCUCCGAGGAUAUUAUAUUUA